AUCGUGUCCUAUACACGCCUGUACCAGUCGAAGGUAUUUAUGUGGAUGGUGAAAACCAUCUACUGUGCAUGACAGCCUAGUAACUCGUCCAACCCCUCCACGCCUGCGACGCCUGUCUGCCUCUUCCAUACCCCUCCCUCCUCCCCACCAUGACUCGCCCCGCACGACCCAACCCACUGAAUGAUGCAGAACAAGGCGUUCCCCAACAGGAACCCUACGCUGUCAACAUCCCUCUUCAAAUCGCCCCUUCAACUUCAUGGGUUAGCGAAGCCGGUACUGUCAACACCACGACGUCGUCGACUUCAGCCACAUCGGAACCUCCCGCACAUGCCAUCCCACCCGCACCUAAACCCAAGGCCUCCGACUAUCCAAAGACAGAACCUCCUAUACCUGAAGGAACCGCUGUCGAGGUCAAGGAGGUUUCGCGUCCGCGUCCAGUGCUCACUCCGAAACACAAACUCAAAUACAAGUCGCAAGUCAGCAGAUGGAUCCGAUGGCAGUUGUGGUUUAACACAUAUCGGAAGUUCUUCACAGUGGUCAUAACCUUCAACUUGGUAUCUCUAUUCCUUGCCAUCGCGGGCGUCUGGGACUAUCCUCGUCGGUACACUGGUGCUAUGGUCCUGGGUAACCUUUACGUUGCUAUCCUUAUUCGAAAUGAAGCGUUCGGACGACUCCUCUAUCUCCUGGUUAACACACUCUUCGCCAAGUGGCCCCCUCUCCAGUUCAGACUCGGCUGUACCUCCGCUCUCCAACAUCUCGGCGGCAUUCACUCUGGUUGCGCGACGUCCGGCUGCAUCUGGCUGCUUUAUCGAGUGGUGACUAUCCUUAUUAACCACAGAAUCAACCAUUCCUCGGUUCUGGUCAUGGGCGUCAUCACCAAUAUUAUCGUUAUGAUCUCCAUUGCCUCGGCUUUCCCUUGGGUUAGAAACACACAUCACAACAUCUUCGAACGACACCAUCGUUUCAUGGGAUGGCUAGGUCUCAUUGCCACGUGGAUCUUCGUCAUCUUGGGCGACAGCUACGACCCUGCCACCCAUACAUGGAAUCCUGAUGGACUGCGAAUUGUCCGCUCCCAAGACUUCUGGUUCGCUCUGGGAAUGACAAUCUUCGUCCUCAUUCCCUGGUUCACUAUUCGAGAAGUCAAAGUAGAUGUCGAGAUCCCUUCUCCCAAAGUGGCAAUCCUCCGAUUCCGAAGAGGCAUGCAACAAGGUCUACUCGCGAGGAUAAGCCGAAGUUCAAUUAUGGAGUACCAUGCCUUUGGUAUCAUUUCGGAGGGGAAGCACGCCGAUUAUCAUUAUCUCAUUUGCGGGGUACAAGGGGACUUUACGAGAUCACUUGUGGAGAGGCCACCCACCCGUAUUUGGACACGAGAACUCAAGUUUGCCGGAGUUUCUAACACUUCAACAUUAUAUCGGCGAGGAAUCCGUGUCUGCACCGGAACAGGCCUCGGUGCAGCACUGUCGACAUGUAUCCAGAAUCCCAAUUGGUACCUGAUAUGGAUUGGUUCGGACCAGGAAAAGACCUUCGGCCCGACGAUUUCUGGGCUCAUUAAACGCAAUAUCGAACCUGAGAGGUGCACUCUAUGGGAUUCGAAGGCUCGAGGAGGGAGACCAGACGUUAUGAAGCUGAUCAAGGAGGCGUAUUACUCGUGGGGGGCGGAGGUCGUCUUUAUCACCUCGAAUUAUCAAGGUAAUAGGGAGAUGAUGGAAGGCUGCAAGGAGGCGGGGAUUCCUGCAUUUGGAACACUAUGGGACUUUUGA